CAUUGGAUUCUCCUUACCCGACCAACGGAGUUCCGUUACUUCCGCUUCGUUCCUCUCCGGCCUUGCUUGCUUUGAGAUUCCAACUUCGGCUGACAUGGCGCAAUAUAGGGAUCCCUCCGCAUGAUCUAUUCAGUAUAGAGGACCAACCCUCAAAAGCUUGCCUUUGGGUCGAGCACGGUGUGUGUCAUCAAUUGAAUUGGAUCCGAUCUCUUUGGCUCUCUUAAAUUCUUCAUCGAGAUUGCUUCGUUUGUGUUCUCUCAAUUUCUGAUGUUUUUCUGGGUCUCCUGAGUACAUUCGAAGAGGGGCAUAAAUCGAGAGAAGCAGAGAUGGCCGACAAGCCGAGCCGGGCGCUGGUGAUAUACGGGGACGGCCACGCUUCUCUGCUCUCUCCCUCGCAUGCCCAUCUCCACUCAUUUGCCUCUCGGGCCUCCUGCGGCUUUCUUUCCCUCCGGACCCCCCCUCCCACCGAGUCUGAAAAUGACAGAGUGGUUAGAGAACUAGCACAAUUAUUGGACGCAUAUGAUUUCUAUGCAGCAAGGAAUAGACAACAUGAAGAAGCAGAUGCUGAUGCCAAUCUAAAGGAAUCUUCCAUCCCAACAGUAUCACAGAGGUUUAUGGGUUUGAAAGCUGCUAUAAUUACUGCUUGCCCGAAUCUUAGAUCUUUUGCUAGAGAGCUUGGUUUUAGUGUUUUAAAAAUUGAUGAUUUGAUCACGAAAAGUGACCCCUCUGAGAAAAACCUUCAAGAGCUUCCUGAAGAAUUAACAUCUAAGUUACUAGAGUUGCUAGGCUUUUCUGGAGGGAAGGUUCUUGAAAAAAGUGAGUUUGAUCUCGUGAUUUUGCACAUCAGAGCAAGUGACAUGUCACAAGAUCUGAAAGAAAAGAUGGCUGGUGGCACUGGUGUUGAUUGGCUCAACAAGAUCAUAGGUGGAAUUAUGCAAUCAACACAGGCUGGAUUAGAUAUCGCUUCUCGUCUACACUUCUCGAUCAUAUUGAGCUAUGGCACUGUUUCUGCAAGUGAGGAUAGUUGCUCCUUUAUUUUGAACUCUGGAACAGAAACAAAUUCUGAUCCGUCUUUUCUUCGCCCUUGUCAAAGUUAUACCAUCAAAGGAGGAAAAAUAUUAAAUGAUGUCAGGCAUCACCAUCCAAUGCUAAUUGCUCAGUGGCAGGAGGGAGUAACCCGCAGGGAUAUGGCUAGGGAAUUCUCCUUUAAAGAAUUUAAAGAGCGUGGGGGAAAUCUUGCUAUACUUGCAGACAGAUUCCUGCACGAGGUGGCAUUUAAGCUUUGGAAGGCACCUAAAUAUGGAGCUUGAUGCUAUCAUUCAUGAAGGUGUAAUUUCUUGAAUGACUAACCUGAUCUCAGACUUGAAAAACCGAAAGUAUGUUUAAAUAUCUCCGCAACUUCUGGGCCAUAUGGCCAUUUUGCUUGCAGAUCUUGUCAAAAAUUACUUAUGGGACUCCCAAGUGGAUGCUUAAUCCUUCCAAGAAUAAAGACUCUAAUGUUAUAAA